UGCUCUUUCAAAAUUUGGUAAUCCGGAUUCAGAAUCACAGGAUGGUCACGUGAACAGCGCUCGCCUUACGGAAUAUCCGGUGGCGCCGCGACUCUCUCACUCAUACGGACAAUGGCUGCCGCCUGCAAAGUUGGGCCCCGAGAAAGUGACGCUGCCGCUGCUCUUGAUGUUCCCGCGAGAGCCUCCGCGAGUGAAUCGGCCCGAGCGAGUCAACAAAGCGUCCAGGCAGCGGCAACAUCGGCGCGCGCCCAUUGUACAGUCGAGUGAGCAUGUCGUCGCUGUUGUCGCUGGAACCGCGCACCGAAGCAGUCGAAGGACGCCAAGCGUAGCUGCCGACGGGCUCUCCCCAUUUCCUGCGGCGGAUGCGACAGCUCCCGCGGCCCAUUUCCUGCCCGACACGCCCGCGAUCCUGACCCCGUCAUGACGGCCGACUACAAGAAGUCGGCCGGCAAGCGAGAGCUGCUGGGCCUCUUCGAACAGCAGGUCAAAGAUAUCCGGCAGCAGCUCGGGGAGCAGCUCAAGUGCCUGGACGUGCGGCUGGAGACGCAGCUGGCGCUAGUGUCCGAGAUGCAAGAUUACUUCCGGCGCCGUGCUGAGGUGGAGCUGGAGUAUUCACGUACCCUGGACAAGAUGGCGCGUGCUAUUGCAGUACGCCACCGGUCUGAGCGACCUCGGCGUGAGCUCUGGCCGCUUUUCUCGUCACACGGUUGCUGGGAGCAGCUGGUGACCAACGCACGCCGCCAGAGUCGCGACCACGCUGCCCUGGCCGAGGUGUAUGGUGCAACACUCGUGGCUCAGCUGGCGCACCUGCUUGAGGACGUACAGCGCAUCUACCGCAAGUGCCGUGGAAUAGGGGCUCAACAGCAUGAAGAACUGCUCAAAGUAUUGCAUGAGCUGCAAGCGGCCAUGAAGACGUACCACAUGUACUGCACGUCAGAGGAGCAGGCACGUGCCAAGAUGGAGUUGGUGGCUGGCCAGAAGCGGCGGCUUGAGGCAGUCGUGGCUCGGGAGAAGCUGGAGCGCAGCAAGCGCUUCCGGGUGGUGGCCAAGGAGCUGGCCAAGCGGGCCGCCAAGCACCGGGAGACGCGCCUGCAGUGCCUCAAAGCCCGCAACGAGUACCUGCUGGCCCUUGGCGCUGCCAAUGCAGCCGUCCACAAGUACUUCGCCGAGGACCUUUCAGACCUGGUCGAUUGCAUGGACUUUGGCUUCCACAUGUGCCUGUCGCGGGCGCUACGCACCAGCUGCAGUGCGGAGGAGUGCUUGCAGCGGUCACUGCAGCAGGGCUGCCAGGCACUGGCACAGCGCGUCUCCGACCUGGACUCUCGUGCUGACAAGCAGCGCUUUCUCGAGGGCCACCACAAUGCCUUCAUGGUUCCCCGUCGAUUUGCCUUCCAGCCCCACCGUGCUGACACGGAGUCCCAGCAGGUGAGCUUAGAGCACCCAAUGGAGGAGGAAUUAGAGCAGCGGCUGAGCCAGCUGAACAAGCGCCUCACUUCCCUCUGCACUGAGAACGACGAGGUGUGGAAGACGCUGGAGACAGCCGAGAGCUCACUCCUCGACAUGAUGGCAGCACGUGAGAUUGACUGCCGGCCUGUGUUUGAGGAUAGUCCAGCUGCACGACCCCCGCCCCAACCUGAGACACUGGCGCUGAAACUGCGGGCCGACAAGCAGGAGACCGAGGACUUCUAUCUCGAGAAGUUCAGAACGUACAGCCUAGGCUGCAGUGUGGCGGCACGGCUGGAAGCUAAGGCGGAGCUGCUGCGGGCAGCCCUGCAGCGUGAGGGGCUCAAUACAAAGACAGAGACGUUGCAGCCUCACUCACGGCCUGCUGCCCGCAAGAAGCGCAUUGGCCGCCAGGCUGCCCUAGCAGCCAGACAUGGUGGCCAGCCUCGGCUGUUUGAAGGGAGCCUCGAGGAGUACCUGGAGGCCACCAAUCAAGAGGUUCCGCUGGUCAUUCGAAGCUGUGUGCGGGUGAUCAACCUGUACGGACUACACCAUCAGGGUGUGUUCCGUGUGUCAGGCUCUCAAGUCGAGAUCAACCACUUCAGAGAUUGCUUCGAACGAGGGGAAGACCCAUUGGCGGACGUGUCAGAUGCAAGCGACAUCAACUCGGUGGCCGGUGUGCUCAAGCUGUACCUGCGCGAGCUCCGUGAACCACUGUUCCCCAUCUUCUACUUUGACCAGCUCAUGGAGAUUAGUCAGCUCGAGUCCAAGGAGGAGUUUGUCGCCAAAGUACGAGAUGUUGUCCAGAGCUUCCCAAGACCUGUAUUUGUGGUGCUUCGAUACCUCUUCGCCUUCCUUAACCAUUUGUCCGAGUUCAGUGAUGAGAACAUGAUGGACCCCUACAACCUGGCUAUCUGCUUUGGCCCAACGCUGAUACCCAUCCCUGAGGACAAGGACCAAGUCCAGUACCAGAACCUGGUCAACGAGCUUGUCAAGGGCCUCAUUGUGCACCAAGAGCAAAUCUUUCCCAAUGAUGGAGGGCUCAUCUACGAAAAAUACAUCAGUGCUGAGGCCCCGGAGGACACGGAUGAUCUGCCUGUGGAACCAGUGGCUGAGCCUGCAGGAGCCUCCCAGAGCUCUGAUGAAGAUGCCCUGUCGAGUGAGCCUGACAUCUCCCUGUUUGGAAGGUCAGAUGUUCUGGAAGCAACAGCACAGUACGACUUUGUGGCGCGGUCAGAGCGAGAGUUGUCAUUUCGGCGGGGUGACAGGUUGAUGCUCUACAGCCAGGUAUCGGCAGACUGGUGGCGGGGCCACUUUGACGGCAAGGACGGCCUUGUGCCAGACAAAUACAUCUUGCUCAGCAUCAGGGACGAGGAUGCUCCACCCACACCAGCCAUGGAUGCAGUGGCUAGCCUGGAUGCCUAUGACAUCAGCCAGGAGUCGUCAAACCAGGAGCUGGCACGCGACCUCGACAAUGCAUUGGCACGGGUGCACGUGUCUAUUGACAGCAUAGAGCGCAGCCACGCACCAGACUUGGUGCAGGAUCUGCCCGAUGACAUGACAGCAGCGGAGCGCUUUGCCCUGUCCAACCAGUGCACGCUGAAGAAAGGGCCCGCUGCCAGUGCCAGCAGUGCCUUGCGAGAAUGAACUUUUAAAAUGUGCCACCUUUAUUUUUUAUUGGGCUUCAGCCAUGCACCUCCGCGAGCGGGGGCGGCGUCACGUCAAACGCCGCCCCCGCGCCCUGCCCUGGAGUUGUUCCGCACGAGUCCGGCUGUGGCUGCUGUA